ACUGAUUACGCUAUGAAAGGAUAAGGAUAGUGCAUAGAGAGCGUUAUACGUUACACGUCCAGCUUCAGUGCCUUUUAUUUUAUAUCCGGAGUAAUUUAAGACUGUUUUAUUAUUAUCCGUGAUUUUCUAAAGUUUUUUUUUUACAAUGGCUGCAAAUAGCGACAUACAGAGAUUAACAGAUGAGGAGCAGCAAGAAAUUAAGGAAAGGUUGGGCGAGAUUGAUAAAAAUGGGGAUGGACAUAUUGACUUAAAAGAGCUUAGAGAAGCUUUAGAGGUGUGUGGAUUAAAGGUGGCAGGUUAUAAAUCUAGGCAGAUAGAAGAGAGCUUUAAAAAUAACAAAAAAACCAAGAUCGAUGGAAAGUUGACUUAUGAGGAGUUCAUGAAAAUUAUUUGUGAUCUAAAAGCAGAUGAUGUAGCGCACACGUUUAGGACCGCAGUGUCAAAAAGAGAAAACCUGCAUCACUUAGGGGGCACUUCGCAUGCUUCAAAUGAUGGUACCACACACUCAGUACGUUUAGAGGAACAACUUGCCUUUUCAGAUUGGAUCAACUCCAACCUCCAGCACGAUCCCGACUUAAAAAAAUUGUUACCUAUUGACCCUGAAGGCAAACUGUUAUAUGAAAAAGUAAAAGAUGGCAUUCUAUUGUGCAAAAUUAUCAACCACUCUUGCCCAGACACUAUAGACGAGCGUGUCAUAAACAAAGGAAAAUUAACCCUUUAUACGAAAUUGGAAAAUUUGACCUUGGCCCUGAAUUCAGCUUCUGGAAUUGGAUGUAAUGUCAUUAAUAUUGAUGCCCAUAAUCUGGAACGAGGCACACCUCAUCUAGUAUUAGGGUUGCUUUGGCAGAUUAUUAGAAUCGGCCUCUUCAACCAAAUAACUCUAGAACACUGUCCGGGAUUGACCACCUUGUUAGGAGAAGAUGAAAAAAUUGAUGAUUUGAUGAAACUUUCUCCUGAGGCCAUUCUACUCAGAUGGGUCAACUAUCAUUUGGAGCGUGCAGGAACUCACAGACGGGUGACAAAUUUCCAAAGCGAUAUAACGGAUUCUGAAGUAUACACUUACUUAAUUAAGCAGAUCGCUCCUCAAGACGCUGAUGUUGACAUAAGCGCCCUUAAUGAAAGAGACUUGCAUGAAAGAGCAGAAAUCAUGCUGCAGCAAGCUGCCAAGUUGAAGUGUAGGGCAUUUAUAACACCGCAGGACGUUGUUAAUGGUGUCUACAAGCUCAAUUUGGCUUUUGUCGCAAACUUGUUCAAUAAUCAUCCUGGCUUAGAACAGACUAAUAAUGGAACUAUUGAUGGAUAUACUAUUGAAGAGACUAGAGAAGAAAAAACUUAUCGUAACUGGAUCAACUCAAUGGGCGUAAGCCCUCAUGUGAAUUGGCUAUAUUCUGAUUUAGCUGACGGGCUUAUUGUUUUUCAAUUAUACGAUAUUAUUAAGCCAGGCGUGGUCAAUUGGAACAAAGUGCAUAGAAAAUUUACCAAUGAAAGGAAGAAAUUUAUGGAGAAACUUGAGAACUGCAAUUACGCGGUUGAGUUAGGCAGGCAAAUUAAAUUCUCUCUAGUUGGUAUUGGUGGUCAGGAUAUCAACGAAGGCAACGUUACUUUAACUUUAGCAUUAAUUUGGCAACUCAUGAGAGCUUAUACAUUAUCAGUUUUGUCCCAAUUGCACGAGUCGGGCAGUCCUAUUGUGGAAAAAGAAAUUGUUAAUUGGGUCAACGAAAAAUUGUCUUCAGCUGGCAAAAAAUCUUCAAUAAGAAAUUUUCAGGAUUCAUCUAUUUCCGAUGCCAAGGUCGUUAUUGAUCUGAUAGAUUCAAUUAGACCUGGAGCUAUUAACUAUGAUUUAGUUAAAAGCGGAGGUACUGAAGAGGAGAAAUUGGCGAAUGCAAAAUAUGCAAUAUCUAUGUCACGUAAAGCAGGUGCUAGAGUGUAUGCAUUACCUGAGGACAUAACAGAACUUAAACCCAAAAUGAUCAUGACAGUGUUUGCAUGUCUCAUGGCUUUGGACUACGUGCCGAACAUGGAUAGUGCUAACCAGCAGUAAUUAAUAUAUUGUUUAAUUUAUUGUUUAUUUCUUAUUUUUUCAUAUUUUAUAUGUUGAAUAGGUUUUUAGGUUAUAAUGUAAGACAUUCCAAAUUCGGGUUGCAUUACAUUCGCAUUCAAUUUCAAAGCAAGACAUAUAUCAUAUAAUGUGUUGGUUCGUGUGUGAACACUUUUGUUUAGGAAGUAACAUAUUUUUUUUAUUGAUUUAAAGUUGCGUGUAAAUGGUUUUUUUGAUUGUGUGAAAUUUAGGCUAGUCUAAAAAAGUAUUAAAUGCUAAAUUAUGUAACAUUCCCAUUUGACUUAUUCGUGCAAUAAAAAAUGCAAUUUGGAUUGUCGAUGACAACGCGCAGAAAAUUGUACAAAUCAUUUUUAUUUUAGUUAAUAACAUGAAAUAAUAAUUUUGAUAUAUUGUAACUUAAUUUUAUAUAUUAUGACUUAAAUUAAUUGCAAUUUAUAUACAUUAUUUGGCUCUUUAGUACCAAUUCAAGUGCCAUUUACAUUAUAAGUAUAAUGUUACGCGGUGUAUAAACUAGUAUUACUAUAAUAUUUAUACUUUAUGUAAAUUUAUAACAUUUUCAAGUACACUGGUCAUUUUGCUUAACUAAUUAUAUUAAACAACAAAAAAAAGUCUUUUAUUUAAGUCAAUCCAGGCUUGGUUAAAGAAAAAAUGAUGUAUGUCUUGUGGUGAAACUAUCAAGAUAAAAAUGUUAGAAAUAACAUCUUUACUACAAAGCAGUAAUUGAUUGACCAUCAUCGCUAAGGCUAAUUAUGCAUUGCCUACAUCCAGAUUUAGAAAUUUAAGUAGAAACAUUGAUGUUUCAUUUUAAUGCAUUGGCGCAUUGAAUUGUAUCUUCGAAAAUGAUAAGAGAUGAUAUGGUGACCACUAGAGGGAUUAAAAUUCAUAUAGUUCAUCAGGUUCAUCAAUUAAACUAGCGUCAUUUAAACUAGGAAAUGUUAAUAAAAUGUUCGUCUUUUACAGUCAAAUAAAACAAAAAAAUUGAUAAAAAUAA